GUAAGAACAGCACUGUGCCAUUGUUAUCCACUGUGCUUCAGCAGUAGAGACCAUAUCAGCUUCUCCUAACAUACGACGCAACCUCUGACCGUCAUGGUUCCGGUUUUAGGCUACUGGGACCUUCGUGGCUUGGCUCAACCCAUUCGCUAUUUGCUCGCGCACGCAGGGGUGGAAUAUGAAGAUAAACGGUACAGCAACGGCAGUGCUCCAAAUUGGAACCGUGACGAAUGGUUGGCCGAGAAAUACAACCUGGGUCUAGACUUCCCAAACCUGCCCUAUUACGUGGAUGGCGACGUGAAACUCACGCAGAGCUUGGCGAUCCUCAAGUAUUUAGGUCGAAAACACGGGCUUGCUCCAGAAACAGCGGAAGAGCAGCGCCGGGUGGACGUCGCAGAGAUGCAGGCUUUCGACUUGACGAUGUCGAACAUUCGUCUGUGCUACGACUCCGAAUACAACGAUGAAAAGCGCAAGGUCUUCCUGGAGGCAUUCCAGGAGAAGGCUGAUCAGUUCUCUCGAUUCCUUGCCGACCACGCCUUCAUCGCUGGAGACCGUGUCACCUACGCUGACUUCCUCCUGUACGAAGCUCUGGAAGGCAUCCGUGCCUUGGAUCCCGGUGUCCUCAAAAACCACCCAAUCUUGCAGCGUUAUGUGGAACGAGUGGCGGCUGGUUUCAAAGAGUACCUGCAGUCGCCGCGCUUCAAGUCGUGGCCAAUCUGGAGCUAUUCCGCUCAAGAUCUCGGACCACAGCACACGAGAAGGGAAUAAAACAUUGGGAAAUGACGUUCUCUUUGUUUCGUGACAGUUUCAGAAAUUCCUGUAUGAUUUUCACAGGCUGGCGGAAUAGCAAGCUGACGUGAUGCCGUUUGGCUGACCUUUCCUCUUAUUUUCUUUGUUCUAAUAAAGAUAUCCCCCCUGGCUGCCGAUUUUCAUAAAUAUGGCGUUACAUGUAUGAAGAGCAAUGUCAAGUUGUAAUGUCAAGAAAGUUAUUCAAAAUAAAUAAAAAACAAGA